AUGAAGCUGAAAUCUGGGUGUUUUCUGCAGCAUCUGCAUUUACUACUGAAGUAUACUGCUUGUACGUCAGUAAGAAAUGCUGCGGCACUGAUGGAGCAUUUCCAGCUCCUGGAUGUUCAUCGAAAGAAUUAUCUGAACGGAAAGUCCUGGCACAACGAGCUGAUCAUCGACACAGGAAAAACCCAGGCCAGCCAUAAAGGAGAUCUUUACAGCUGUGCAAGCGAGAUGCCAGGAACACAGGAUCUGCAGUUUUAUUGCUUUCUCUGUUAUGUGACUGACCUGAAUAAGGACAAGAUCAUGCUGCUGUUUGACUUGCUGGACCGAAACGCGAGGGGAAGGAUUUGCUUUAAUGAGUUCUACAUGGUGGUGUGCACCCUCCUGUCCCAUGAAAAUGAUCUUGAAAAGCAGUUCAUCCGCCGGCACGCGGGACCUGCUUUUCAACUGCUGGACGUAGACAGGGAUAAUAUGAUUGAUUUUAAUGAGUUUGAAGCCAAAAGGUUUCUCUUCAACAUCCAGAAAGAUGUUAAGAAGAUGUUCAAGGACAUUGGUAUUUCUGGAGAUGAGCAACUGAACUACAGGGAAUUCAAGAUAUUUGCAGUCUUCUGCAUUGACAAACAAUAA